AUGAUAUAGAUUGGAGUGUCAGCAAUCACAAAAAUAAAAGUGUAAAAACCACACCCUGCAAAUUACAUAACGACAAGUUCUUUAAUCUUGAUGGAGCAUGAAAAUUCAAAGGGAAAGCCCGCGAGUCCGCAUCCCAUUGGGUGUAGACGUACGACAUAUGACGUUUUCACGUCUUCUUAAGAUGUGGUUUGGCAUAAUAUAUGUGCUACUCUUUCUAACUCAUCUCGUGGCCUCUUCACUAUACAUGUACUUUGAUUUCUCAAUCGAGCAGUGUUUGCCCCUUCAAUACUUUUUUGGUCUGAGUUUUGAGAUCUGAAUUCAAAGCUGCACAGCCAUGGGGGUGGAUAAGAAGACAACAUUUAUGAUGAUCAAGGUCGACCUUCAGUGCAGUCGCUGCUACAAGAAGAUCAAGAAAGUGCUUUGUAGAAUCCCUCAAAUACAAGACCAGGUAUACAACGAGAAGGAAAACAGUGUGUUAAUCAAAGUGGUAUGUUGCUCUCCUGAAAAGAUUAAGCAAAAGAUAAUUUGCAAGGGUGGUUGUGCCGUUAAGAGCAUUGAGAUCAUUGAGAAGCCUAAGGAGAAACCAAAAGAAAAACCACCACCACAACCACAACCACAACCACAACCACAACCACCACCACAACCACAACCACAACCACAACCACAACCAAAACCACCACCACCACCACAACCACAACCACAACCACAACCACCACCACAACCACAACCACAACCAAAACCACCACCACAACCACAACCACAACCACAACCACAACCACAACCACAACCACAAUGUCCACCUCCAUGUCCACCACAACUGGCUUACCCGGUUCCAUUUGGGACUUGUUGCACUGAAUGCUAUGAGGGUCGUGGUGGGGGCCCAUGCUAUUCUGGACAUGGUAGGCCAACCCCAUCUUAUGAUGGCUACUAUGGAAGGCCCAUUUAUGAUAGUUAUGGUGGUGGUGGUGGUGGUGGUGGGUAUAGAAGUAGUUACGUGAGUCCAUGUGAUUACUUCGGUGAAGAAAAUUCCUCUGGAUGCUCCAUCAUGUAAAAAAAAAAUGGAACCUUCAUAGCAUGAUGAUGAUGAUGAUGAUGAUGAUGUUGAUGAUGUUCUAGUUGCCUA